AUGCAUCAUCAAGAAUUUAUUACCAAAUCAGCUGAAGAAAUUUUACUUGAUGAAACAGAAUUAUUAACAACAACAAACAAGCAAGUCACCACAACUAAUACCAAUAAAAUUUCAAAAACUAUAUUCAAUAAUGGUACUUCAGCUGGCAUUCUCGGUGGUAAAGAAAAUCAAUCUGGUCGUAUUCGUGUAAUUCUUAACGAAGGAUCAACAGCUGGUGUUUUAGAACCAGUGAACGGAUGUACACGACUGUUAAUGACUGAAGAAGGUAAUGUGGUUCUUACACGCGUAGGAGCUGGUGUAACUGGAGAAUGGAUCAAACGACUUAUCGCACGACGGGCUUAG